AAUGGAGCAGCGAUACGAUAUAUUGUAUUAUUGCAUUGAGUUGGUUUGUGUAAACAAUUCAAUUGUAGGAAAACAGUAAACACAACGGUGUUACAGGUUUGAUUACUACAAUUGGAUCAGAGGCGUGUAUUUAUAAUAGUGUAAGAGACCAACGAAUGUACUACAUCUGUAAGAAGUACUCACACAACACUACAAACCACUGUGUGAAUGUGCGCGCGAGAAAAUAUGCGUGCACGAGUGUAAGUGUGCGCUUGUGUGUAUCGGUCACAGUACAGACCAAUAGUAAGACCGGUGCCUCCCGCAGCCUCGGCUCUGUGUGCCGUGUAUAAAUACUCUCUCUUCCGGCGUCGGUGAGCUCCUCAGUCCGGCAGCAGCUCCGUCCGUCUGGAGGGUCGAACACAUGAUGGCAGCGCCCAAGAAAGUCUGCGUGGUUGGCUCUGGAAACUGGGGCUCUGCCAUUGCCAAAAUUGUCGGCGCCAACGCAGCCAAAUAUGACGGGUUUGAUACCACGGUGAACAUGUGGGUUUUCGAGGAGAUGGUGAACAACCGCAAACUCACAGAAAUCAUCAACACAGACCAUGAAAAUGUGAAGUACCUGCCUGGUCAUAAGCUGCCCCCCAAUGUGUUGGCCGUCCCUGACCUGGCUGAGUCGGUGAAAGGAGCCGACAUCCUCAUCUUUGUGGUUCCACACCAGUUCAUUGUGAGAGUGUGUGAUACCAUCAAAGACCACAUCAAGAAGGACGCUGUCGGCAUGUCUCUCAUCAAGGGAGUCGACGUUGGACCAAAGGGUCUGAGGCUGAUCUCAGAGGUCAUCAGAGAGAAACUGGGCAUCACCAUGACGGUCCUGAUGGGCGCCAACAUCGCCAAUGAGGUCGCCGAGGAGAAGUUCUGUGAAACAACUAUUGGAUGCGCAGACAAAACUCACGGGCCCAUAUUAAAAGAGCUGAUGCAGACAACAAACUUCCGUGUAACUGUGGUGGAAGAGUCGGACGUUGUGGAGAUUUGUGGAGCUCUUAAGAACAUCGUAGCAGUUGGAGCAGGGUUCUGUGAUGGUCUGGGUUUCGGGGACAACACCAAGGCGGCUGUAAUCCGCCUGGGCCUGAUGGAGAUGAUUGCCUUUGCUAAAUUCUUCUGCUCGGGCUGCGCCGUCUCACCCGCGACCUUCCUGGAGAGCUGCGGCAUCGCUGACCUCAUCACCACCUGCUACGGUGGACGCAACCGCAAGAUCGGGGAAGCAUUCGCCAAAACUGGAAAAACCAUUGAGCAGUUAGAGAACGAGCUGCUGAAUGGACAGAAGCUUCAAGGUCCUGCAACUGCCAGCGAGGUCCAUGAGAUCCUGAAACAGAAGAACAUGGUGGACAAGUUUCCUCUGUUCACCGCUGUUUACCAGAUCUGCUUCAACAGCCACCCAGUGGCGGAGUUCAUCAGCUGUUUGCAAAACCACCCAGAGCACAUGUGAAAAUGAACUGACGCCCGUUUUACUAGACUACAACCCAUGUGUUUUACAUGGAGGAGAAACACUGGAGAAGACUGUGCCGCACACCAAAGAAACGGUGUCGCUUCCCAUCUACCUGAGCUGCCCUGCCACCUACUGUCCAUUGUUACUGCCUUUACAGAAGCAUACCUUCUUAUCAGCACAUCACACAUGUUUGCAUACAUUUAGCAAGUCUUAAACAUUUCAGGAAUUUGACGUACUCUGUCACACGUGGCUGGCGUCACGUGUUACACAAUUUCUUGGGUCACAUUUACCCACGUAUGAACGCACGUGUCAAAGAAAUUGCACUGAAAAUACAAAUUCUGCCAAUCCCACUGUAAUCCCAGGAUUACUGACUACGCAACGAGAUUAACUUUGGAAUAAAAUAUUGUUUAUGGGUU